AAAAUAAUUAUCGAGUACAUUUUUUUCAGAUUGACCCAGCUCCAGGUUGUGCAUGAUUUAUUUUUUAAAUGAGUCAACAGAAGACAAUUACUACAGCUAUAAUUCAAAUGCCAACAAUAUGUCAACAAUAACUCAUUUAAUUGUUGCCUCAAAAUAAUUUGUAUUCUUUUUUAUUUUCAUAGUUUCCUCUUGUUGUCUCAUUCUAGAGAACCAAACUUCAUCCAUCAGAUUUGUUUUAGAAUCUAAAUCCUAAUGCUGGAUUUGCAAAAGCACAUACAGUAGAUAACGAAACAGAUAAAUAAAUAAUUGUCUUGUAUGUUGUGUGUUAUUCUGUUCAAUCUUCUGAUAGUUUUGCAGUAAUGGAGCCUUUAUGCUGUCUGUGACACCUUUUGUUUUGGAAAACAGUCAUUAUACUGGAAAGUCUUUCCUUAGAAUCUAGACAUUACCUUUAUUUAUCACCCACACUAAAGCUGCAUCAUAUCUUUGAUACAAUGAUGCGAGUGCUGGUAUGCAAAUAAAUAAGAGUUGUAAUGUUGCGUCAUCAACAGAACAACAGAUGAUGAUUUCUGGGGCAGAUAUGAAUAUGAAUUUGCACGUCUGCUCAUUUUCAUAGAUGUGCAACAGAUGUAUGCAGCUGUUCAUGGAAAACAGACCGGCUGCUCAUUGUGAUGCUGACAUUUGCAGACAGGCCUGCUUUGUUCACAAACUCAGCACAGCUCUUCACAGCAUGCAGUCUGUAAACAAUGUGAAUAGCUCAUAAAACAAGCAAUGUGGUAUUUGUGAUGGAUUACUGUGAAAUUUGGUACGCACGUUCAUGUUCCCGUUGAUGUGAAUUGUCAUGAUUUGGUUGAUCGCUUAACUUUUUUUAUACCUGCCCAACAUGCAAGCAUUAUCAUUGUGAGCAUUAAUAUUCAGGUCAAAGCACCACGUCUUGUUGAAAAGAUAAGUAAAUAAAUAUGUCAACUUUCAAAAUGCAAACAAAAGUAAAAGCCUCUCUUGUUUACACACACUAUAGCCUAUAUUUUCCGUAUUUAACAAGUCAUAUUUUGACAUUUUUGUCGUUUUAUUCCAUCUGUGUUGCGUUUACUUGGCUGCUCUCGUUCCAUUGGCUGCUCCAUGGAAACGUCUCGAUCAGACGUUCACUGAUUGGCCACACACACCGACCUGUCCGGAAGCUGACUGGCUCACCUGGCUGUAAUGAUUUCCCACCUGUUCCGUGACUACUCUUCGUGCAGUUUCACUUCCAAGAUCAGUGCUGCUGUCGCAUUGGGAGGGAAGUGAUGGACUGACUUCUGAAUAACAGCUCUUUUAUUUUGAAUACGCACUCUGCACGACAUCUCCGAUUUCUUCCUCAAACUUAAUUCUUGGCGAACUUAACAGAAACAGCAGAGGACCGCGAGGCCCAGGUCCUGCCCUCGUCCUCUUCCUUGUGCAAUGCCGAAGAGUGACACGUGGCCAGGCGGCGUUGCCAUGGAAUCCUUGAGCAAAGUGGACAGUACCGGGAGCUGCGACAGCGUAAUCAGCAUGAACUCUGGCUAUAGUCAAGACAGUAUGGAGCACUUAUCUCCAGAAGAAAGGGCGUGCCUCAUGUAUUUUGAGGAGACGAUUGAAGCGCUGGAGGUGCAAGAGGACAGUGGAUUUUCCAAUGAUGAACCAGAUCUUGCAUUCCAGGCAGGCACGGGAGUAAAUGGCGUUCCCAGUUUAAAGUCCGAUGCGUCCGGAAAAGACCAGACAACAGAGCCUGGAUCCAGAGUGUUCUCCAUCAAAGACCGAGCGGAGCAUCACGCUCUAAGUCAGACCUUAGCACCACAGUCCUCUACUGAAUCAGCUGCUGAUGGCAAAAUCAGCCCAUCAUCUUCUCAGUUGUGUGUAUCCAAGGAUGAACAUGGGCAUCUUCAGAUUGUCCCAAUCGCCAGUCUUUGCCCCGAUCAGUCCAACGAGGCCUCUGAGAUCGAUGUGAUCCCUCCUCCCUCAGACUUCAUGGAUGAGCCAGGCCUUCCUCCACAGACACAGAAUGUAAAAGACCUUCCUCCGUCUGCAAGAAUAUACCAUGACAAGCCAGGAGCAACUGUGGACUUGGAGCAGCUACGCCAGAGAGCCUUUUCAAAGAAAACUUCAGUGACCCAGGAUCCUCUAAACCAGCCCCCAAAACUGAGUCUACCAGCCCUCAGCCCAGGUCUCCUAAUGAGUCCUCCUCCUGAAGCGGCUGAGCCCAGAAGUCCACCUGCUGUGGCCCCUAAGCCCAAGAAGCUCCCUGCCAACAUUAUUCUGAAGUCACACAAGACGGCAGUGGCCGUCUCUGAUGACAACUCGGAACAUUCGGUGCCCACUAGUAGGCUGGACCCCCAGAGGGUCCACAUUGAGGCCCUCAGAAAGCUUGGCCUGCUGCCUGCAGAGGCAGAUUCAGGCCCCGCCCUGAGCCCCAGCUUUUCUCCCAAAUCUAGAAAUUCAUGGGCAGUUCCUCUUUCUCCAAUCAGCCCAAGACCUCCACACACACCACCCAUCACGCCAUCGUACACCUCUGUCAACAGUUCCCCUCCUGCCUUCGUCCCUCUCCAGUCCCCCGCUGCUGCGUCACCAUCAGCUACCUCCACAUCUCCCGCAGUCCAGCCCGCUGAUGUUCUGCCAGCACCCACUGGUUUCAGUGACUCUGUCGGACCUCCACUGUCAGAUAACAAACCGUCUGUCGAAGAUGCUUCAGAGGCCACAGUUAAUGCACAAGUGUCCAUGCCCCCUCAUACCCCUCCUGCCCUGGUCAAGCAUCGAACCCCACCCAAGGUUGUAGGUGUCAAAUCGGCCACCCUGGAGCGCUCUGGUCUGGGUCUAAGCAGCUAUAUGGCUGGUCAAGACUCCACCGAGGCCGGCCCUGCCAGCCAGCCACGUAAAAACAGGGCGCGCCAGGCUUCUCUGGGGAAUCAGAAAGAUUUUGCAAAUGCAGGGAGAGAGGGUUCACCAGUGGGCCAAACCACCAGCAAAGAGCCUGAGUUACGGAGGUCCCUACCCCACAAUGUCUUUGAGCACUCCGCCAGAGACUCUCACAAGCUGCCUCGAUCGCAAGGAAUCAGUGUACUGAUCUGCCCUCGUGCAGAAAACGGAGGAGGCCGCCGCGAGGCCCUGAAGAAACUGGGGCUGCUCAGGGACUGAGGCGUCGAUCGUACGCCUCAUUUAAGUGCCACGGACUCCCUUAGAUUCUAUAUUUAAAGGAACACAACAGGAUUGAUGAAGGCAACACAACACUUUAGGGAAGCAGCUUAACCACAUAUUUCUGCAUUUUCGUUUUUUACUGCAUUGGGCAUGAAACCGCAUCGACUGUCAUACCCACACUUGCAUCUACUUGUUCCUCAUAUUGUGCAGCUAAAUGGGAUUUUUUUUUCUCAUAAAACUGUCAAUUAAGUACUUCUUUGAUAUUCACUGACGCUCUCUCGCUCUGGCUGUGGUUUUUAAAUUAAUAAUACUGUCACUUUUAAGAGGCAAUGAGUUCUGUCAUUUUAAUGUUUCAUGUGAUCUACAGGUAUAAACUGUUUUGAAUGUCAGUGUCUGCUUUCACAAGUUAUUUUUUUUGUUACGGUGAGACCGGUUCUCCUUUUUAGAUACUUUCAAAUGUCACUUUCCCUUUUUAGCUUUGUUGAUUUGUGUACUCAACAGCAUUGAAGCUGCACACCUCAGUGCACUUUGUCAAAACAAAAGGGUCAUAACCCAAAGGUUGGUUAAAUUAAUUCAUUUGUAGAAAGCAUUCCCUGCAUAUCUAGAACAUACUUUACU